UUUGUUUGUGUCCUCUAAGCCUCACUGCCAAGCUGAAUUUUAAUAUAUCGAAAACAGUCUAUUGCUUCUCAAAUUCAUCCAUGGACAAUGUUCGGCGAAUACGCUUAGUAAAGUUACUAAAGUUCUACUUAGUAUGGAGGUGAAGUGGUACAGCGUUUUUGUGUUGCUUGUUGGAGUCAUUUUGAGUUUUGCUGACCCGAUCACCGAUAUCCUCACACUGGUGGAAUUCUACCGCGCGGAUCACAAGACAUGGUUUGGCGUGGGACUCGCGUUUGUCAUCUUGCCAUGCUUGUUUUUCCCGGUACCGUACUGUAUGAAUGAAGAUGAGGAAUUUAAACACUACACUCGCGUUAGGAAAUGUGUGCAAACGUUGCUUUGUGGUUGCCAUCCGUUUUCAGCCGCUUUGAAGAGACUGGAAGGGUUUGUUUUCUACUUGAAGCAAUUGAUGCGUGGCGAUGAAAUCGACUCGCACAGAAGGACGAUGACUGAGGAUGACAUACAGCGUAACAUAUUUCCUUACGUGUCCUUUGAGUCAGUUCUCGAAGCAGCCCCUCAGUUUGUAAUUCAGCUUUACGCCAUGAAUGUUCAAGAGGAGCCGGUGACUGUUGUUCAAAUCAUUUCUUUACCUGUGUCUUUCGUAAGCCUAGCUUGGGCUUUUACAACUGUUGAUUUGGAAGUGCACCGAAGGGAAGGAAAUGGCAAUGCCUGGAAAGUAGAAUACAAAUUAGCUCUCUUUGUAACACAAGUAUUAUUGUUGAGCAGUCGACUUUUUGCCAUCUGUUACUUUACGGUCAGCUAUAAGUGGUGGGUAAUGGGUGUUUUGUUCCUUCAUAUUUUUGUGUUAGUGAUAACAGACACCGUUUGGAUUUGCCAAAGGAGCUUGUGCCUUUUCGACGUGUCAUUUAUUUUCAUUUUGUUGUAUUGCCUUAACUGGCUAAGAGAUGACGUUUCAGGUAUGAUGCGGCUGUUGUUAAUUGUUCGAGACAACAAGAAAGAACUGCGAAGAAUGCAACUGUUUUCUAAUGUACUGUUUGGUUUAGAAAACCUGGUCAUGAUUCUGUUGUACUAUUUCAGUCAACACUCCAGCAACUGGUACUCGCUACCAGUCACAGCCUGCGUGUGCGUGCUCAGUGUUAUUGGUGCCGUCAUAAGAGUUAUACUUUUCCAUUUCUUAUAUAAAGACUUAGACGACGAAAUUGUAAUUGAUUCACAGUUGAACAACAGCAAAAAUUCGCCGACUAGUGUGUGUAGACAGUGGAUUUCAACAGUGUGA